AUGGUGGGCGGACUACCGGUUAAGAGGCUACAUGGCACCAUUAAGGAAGUGUAUCAGGGGAAAUUUAUCGAUCGGUUUCCUGAGCUCCCCACAGCUGGAAAGUUGAUACCAAUUGGAGAAACUGCUGCUACUUGUCUUACUGAAAUCCUACCCAGACCAAUUACGCCACCUGUUGUAAAAAAGUUUCGAAACACCAGCAAUCCUCCUGCAGGUAAAGAAAGAGUAUUUUAUGGCCGAGCAAAUGAUCCUGAUAUUGCAUCAUAUUUGACUCAUGGAAUAACAACCAUCAUUUCAGAGAAUGCAUCAUCAUUAGUUAAUCCACCUCCUAAAACAUAUUUCCAACAAAAAAUUAAAGAAAAGAAAGAAUCUGUCUACUUAAGUAACUGUCAGGCUCCUCUUGGAAAAUCUCAUGAUCAGUCUCUACGAAUGCCUAAAGGAUUGGAUGUGAAUAAUACUCGAUUUGGAACAACAGUCAAACAAGAGAUAUCUGCUGCAGACAUUGUAAAUCCCCGAAAAACAUUUGAUGAAGUCCAAAAGGAAGCACAGGAGGGACAUGACUUAUAUGUUUCAACACACAAUGAUUAUUAUGUUGGAGAGGCAGUGAAUAGAAAAUAUAAUCCAUCCACAUUCAACAGAUUUAAUCUUCAUGGUAAAGAAACACCACAUUUUAAUGAUGGAAGGAAUAUUAGUAGAACUUUACAUUGGGUACCUGAUCUGCAGAUGAAGAAAUCAGCAAAAAUUGUGUCUAAAAUAAGUGAUGAUUUCAAGGAAAAGUUUCAGCCUCAGAUUGGAAAAGUUCAUGAUCUCAUAGCAGAUACGCUUAAUGUUCCUCCAGACCACACAUUUGGAAUACUUAUUCGGCCUGAAGAAUAUGGUGUUGGGGACCUUCUUCAUAACCGGCUUCCAAGUGAAUAUCUUAAGGGUAAAGACAGAGAACGUGCUGUCUUUACUGCAAUUCGACAAAAUUUGAAAAAGGCAAAUUAUCACAACUUUGAUACUUUACUGCAUGCAUUUCGUCAUUAUGAUAAGGUAACUGAUAUUAUAUUAGCAUUGUCAAUGAUGUAUGAAGCUUUAGACUCCAGUAUUCUAAAUUCUGCAGCCAAAAAUCUUGUUUCAAAAAGUGCUCCAGAACAUGCAGAAACAUGA